GCUCCUUCCCACUCAGCUGACAAGGACUUACUCGUGAGUAAACAUCUAAGAUCAGGUGCCAUGCUGGGCCCUUGCUCACUGGUGGGAGCGCCCCCUAAAAGCGGGACUUUCUAAAACAUUUUUCUGAAGGCUUGAUAGAUUUCCCUUUCUACCACCACCCCUUCCUGCCUGGACAAAGACUGUCAUUGGACAGGCAGAAAUUCAGUAGGUGCAGCUUUUCACCUGUCCUGGAGAUGUGCUGCUGCAGAAAGCUUUGCCUGUUCGGUUUCUAACUAGAGGUGACUCUCUUUUCAUACAAACCCCCUCCCUAUUUUUUGUUAGCGAGUCCUGACGCCUCCAGAACUGCCCCUUGCCUUCCCAUAACCCGUAACCACCUGCCUCUUUUGUUCUUCUACAUCUGCAGACCCCUUCAAGGAAGAGGGUGGCAAAGGGGCCUGCCCAAAACAUUUCAUGUUUUUAUUUGGACUUUCUGUUUUUAUUCUCUUUUUCGCCCCCCCUCUCUCUCUCUACCUCCCACUCCUCUCUACUGGGCCAAAAGCAGCAGAAAGGAUUGAUUUUGUUUCCCAAGCCAGGCAUUGUCUAGCCUCAGUCAGCCUUUUAAAUCCCUCCCUUAAAACCUUCUCUUUCCGCCCAGCCUGACCUUUUUUUUCAUAUUUCCGCCUACCCCAUUAACCCUAUCGUAUCCCUCAUCUUUGUUUUUAAUCCCCCUUCUGGCUUUUUAAACCUGUGCUUGUGGGGGAGGGGAGGAAGAGAUCAAUUAAACAUCAGAGAAUCCACUCAUAGUCUUUGAUGUGUUUGUGGACUGGGUGGAAAUCAGGGCUGGUAGCCAAAUGGGUGGGAAAGUUGCCACAGCUGACUUUGAAACUGCCUCAUCUCUCUCUGCCCCCCCCCCCUCCUUCUAAUAAGGUGCUGGAUGGGUUAAGCCCAUAGAGGGCCGAGUUUCCCAGAGAGGGCAAGAAACUUGAGCGAGAAGAAGCUCUUAAUACCCAAGGCCCUUUCCUGAUGGGAGGAGGGAGGCGCGGAGAGUGUCUGGAUUUUGAGUUAAUUUUCUUUCUCUUAUUAUUAUUAUUAUUUUAUUUUGUUUUUUGCAAGAGAAGCCCCACGUAAAGAAGACGCAGCUACACAGAAGGAUGUAUGGGAGGUAAGCUGCGGGGGUGCAGGAGGAAACCGCCGCUCCCCCCUCCUCCCCAGCAAAGAAAAGUACUAAGAGAAGUCGGAAACUGGAGGGGGAGGUAUUCUGGACCCCCCCCUCCCCAAUCUGGCAAAAGAAGACCCAGAGGGAAGGCCUGUGGCAAGACCAUCCCCAAAAUGACUGCCAAGCGUGGAGCGGCCCAGGGAGCUAUAGAGCAGAUGGAUCGGCGGGGAAUGAAAAUGGAGGAGGAGGAGGAGGAGGAAGAAGAAGAAACUGAAACCCCUGAACCGGAGGAAAGAUGGCAGAAGAAGGCGGGAGAAGGCUCUCGCAGAGAAAAAGAUGGUGGGUUACUCAGAGGCAGAGCAGGUCACCACAAAAUGCUGCUUGGUGCAAGCCGUUCCAGCCGUUCCGGAUGGAAAAAUCCACAGUCUAAAAGAUCCACUGACUGGGGAGACAAACGAGGGUCCUUACCCUCCGUUGAGGGACCCACUGUCACCCGCCAGUGGCCAAGGAGUGGGCGGGCUGUCCGUCAUCCACCCCCAGGCCUCAGGGAAGAAGUGCCUGAGGCCCAUAACAGCAUGGACUCGGAGGAGAUUGGUGAGUCUGGGACAGUGAAAGUGAAAGAGGAAGUCUUAGGAGAUGACUCCGCCAGCAUGGAGAUGAAACGGCAGCGCUUCCGCCAGUUCCGCUACCAGGAGGCUGAGGGGCCCCGUGAAGUAUGCAGCCAGCUCUGGUACCUCUGCCAUCGGUGGCUGAAGCCAGAGAGGCAUACCAAGGAGCAGAUCCUGGAGUUGCUGAUUCUGGAGCAGUUCCUGGCCAUCCUACCACUGGAUAUCCAGAGCUGGGUGAGGGAACACGAGCCAGAAACCUGCUCGCAGGCAGCCACUCUGGCUGAGGAUUUUCUUCAGAUGCAGCAAGAAGCCGAAAGGAGAGAACAGCAGGUGCUUGGACUGUUUGAGAUGGACAGCGCGGAUUCUCCUGAAGCUGAACAGCCUCCUACAGAGGCUAUGCCAAAGCCCCUGUUCCGAGAAACAAAGCAGGAAGCGGAGGAGGACGAGGCCAGUUCUUUGGCAAAUGACACGUGGGAGAGUGGGAAUAUGGAGGAGAAGAAAUAUCAGCACCCAAGGGCUGAAGAAAACAGAGUGCCUAGAACACUGAGAGGAAAAGGCUUACAGCUGAAUUAUGAGCAGAGAGAAACCUCCAAGACGCCCUCUGGAAGCCACUCUACCAUCUCUUCUGUGAAUGUAGGUGAGGAGUCAGCUCAAAAGAGCAUCAGUAAUAAGAAAAACAUGGAGCCCAGAGAAACAUUCUGCCAGAGCUCAGACCAGAAAAAGCAUAAUCGUGCCUUCACAGAAGAGAACCCACAGGCAAGUUCAGACUGUGACCAAACCUCCAGGGACAAGUCUGGCCUUACUGCGCACUUCAGAACCCAUGCACAAGACAAACCAUACAAGUGCUUGGAAUGCGGGAAGAGCUUUAGUAAGAAGUCACACCUGAACAACCAUCAGACGAUUCACACUGGAGACAAGCCGUUCAAGUGCUUGGAGUGUGGGAAAGCCUUCCGGGUGAGCUCCUUCCUCACCUUGCACCAAAGAAUUCACACAGGUGAGAAGCCAUAUGUGUGCCCUGAGUGCGGGAAGGCAUUCCGUGUCAAAUCAAGCCUCAGUUCCCACGAGAGAACACACACCGGUGAGAAGCCAUACAAAUGCUCCCAUUGUGAGAAAAGCUUUAGUGUGAGACCUAGCCUUGUCGCCCAUGAAAGAAUCCACACAGGAGAAAAGCCCUAUGAGUGUUUAGAGUGUGGCAAAAGCUUCCGUCGGAGCUCCGAUCUCUUCAUUCACCAGGGUAGACACACAGGUGAGAAGCCGUACCAGUGUUCAGUUUGUGGGAUAAGGUUUGGAGAAACAUCAAAACUCAUUACCCAUUACAGGAUUCACACAGGAGAGAAACCAUAUAAAUGUUCAGAAUGUGGGAAGAGCUUCACCCUAAGCUCCUAUCUGAAUAGUCACCAAAGAAUCCACACGGGCGAGAGGCCCUAUGAGUGCAAUGAAUGUGGGAAAACCUUCAGGGUGAGCUCAUGCUUUAGAAAGCACCAGAGAAUCCACACAGGAGAGAAACCUUUCCAGUGCCCUGUCUGUAAAAAAAGCUUCAGUGUAAGCUCGCGCCUCAAUGCGCACAUGAGAAUCCACAGUGGAGAGAAGCCACACAAGUGUUCUGUCUGUGGGAAAGCAUUUGGGACAAGAUCAAAUCUUAGCAGGCAUCAGAAAAUCCAUCUGGGAGAGAAGGAAUAUGAAUGCUCAGUCUAACAUUCCUUGGGGAGAAGGCCCUCAUUGGAGAAACACCAAACAGAUGACUGGACUGUGGGAAGACCUUUCACCAGAGCUCAAAUCUGGCUAUGCACCACAGAGUCCACCAAGUCCUAUGAACGAUCCAUAUGUAGCAAGAGCAUCAGCCAAAACUCCAACUUCUCCAGUCACCAGAAAAUUCAUGUGAGAGGACAUAGCUAAAACAACCACGCAACUCAACACUUCCUAAUUAAAUGGGUCCCUAACAGAUCGCUGGCUCUUUCCUCUCAGAGAUGCCAAAAUUUGGUGCUUCUUUGCCUGGUUUUAUUUUCAGCAACAAAGCCAUCAGAGCAUGCCCACUGAGGAGGUCUGCUUGGCAUUCAGAAGGUCCAAGGUUCAAUUCUUGGCAUCUCCAGUGAUAGGAUGAAGAAGACCAAGGGUCUAACUGAGAGCUUUUCUGCAUGCUCAACUAAGUCCUGAUUUUCUUGGUCAUUGAUCCACAAGCAUUGGAAUCAGUUCGAGCACCAUUCUUCCGCAAGUGUGACUUCCCUCUGCAUUUUCACUGGCGUCAGUUAAUUAUUUUUCUGCAUGUGCCUUACUUAACCAAGAUUUUCAAGGGAGGGCACUGUCAUCAUCAGUUGAGUCACAACACACAAACACAUACACACCUUUUACUUUUCACUCAUGCUUAUAUCAACAUAUCAAUAUACCUGAGCCCUCCGGGGGAGGGCGGUAUAUAAACGCAACCAACCAACCAACCAACCAACCAAUCAAUCAAUCAAGCAAUCAAUCAAUCAAUAAAUAAAUAUUAUAGCUGCAUUUUAAAGGGCACUAAAAUAUUGAUAUACUAUUAUAAUAAAAGAUCGAACGGAUUCUCUGUAUUGCCAGCUUUCAUUUUAAAUUCAGUCUUUAACCUUUUCCUUUGCGGAGCAAUAAGGAGGAAGCAUAUCUCCACUAGAAGGGGCUAGAUACUCAUUUUUUAAAAAUGGAAAUCUGAUAAUCUAGAAAAUCUAGUUGACGCAUCAUUACAAUGGCGUAUCAAUUUAUCAGUGUUUUAGUGCCUUUUUUUUACAAACCAGAAGAAGUAUUCGUCUUCAAGGUGGGGGGAGAGAAAGGACAGUGGCUUGAUAAUGACAACAAUUGUCCAGAUUGAAAAGUGGGUGAAAAUAGGUGAGACAAAGAAAACCAACAGAAUAAGAUUGGGGUAAAAGUGGUCUCGAAAGGACAAAGAAUGGGGACACGAACAAAAACAAAAAAAACUGAAAGAGAAAACUAUAGGCACAAAAAUGUAUGUGGAAAUUGAGAUAAACUUAAGCAGUAUGAGGCUACAAUUGAUUAUGGUUUCUUCCAAGGUUCCUUAGAGUGGAAAUGGUGGGCUGUGGUGAUUUCUAAAGGUCACAGAGCAUAUUCCUUGUCAAGAUAAUAGGCCCUGCCAUCACAAAGGAAAAAUUUCUGUGCACAUUCACAGACAUUCUGCUAACUUUAAAACUCCCACUUGAGCGGUAAGGUGCUCAUUGCAUCAUUUAAACGGCAACCAGGGCCAGCUGUCACAACGCCAGAAUGGAGAAUUUCACAGCGGCCAGACAUUGUCUGCACUCCCAGCUAGACCCUGGUAUGACAUUCACUGGAAUAACUGUGACUUCAUUCACUGGACUAUGUAGGUAAGGGGGGGUGGGUUUCUCGGGUUCAACCCCCCCCUAUUACAUGUCCGAAGCUCCGCCCCCGUCUGUGGGGUUUUUGUAUUUUUAGUGGGUUUUUGUGUUUGGCCUGC